GUUCUCCUUGCGCGCCCGCUGGGCUGGCUCGGCGGCGCUGCUGCUCUUCAUCGGGAGCGCGCUGCCGCGGAACGUUGGGGGCCCGGGGGUGCGCGCGCACGUACGCACGCACACACUCUCUUUGGAUUCGGCGCGCGGGAGGUCGCCGGCUUGCCUUGUUCUCGCCGGGGCGGCGGACAAAUCGGGUGUGGACCUUGGAUAGUGACUUAGGAAAGUGCUGCGGAUGGAAGCAGUUGAAUGGAGAUGAAAUUACUGAGUCCACCUUUUGACGUUAUUGGGGGCUUUCCUGGAUGUGUGUGCUGAUUUUGGUCUAGGUGGAGUUGAGUUGGCAAGCAGAGGAGAACUUCAGCCCCUCCCCCCUUUUCUUCGCCAAACUUGGCCCAGCUUGGUGGAUUUUGAGCGUUUUCAGAUUGUCUCGCAUGCUGAUCGGUAGUGGAUUUAUGGAGGGGUCCGGGCACACCUUUGAGCACUGCCACGCGCAACAUCCCGCCCGUUGAAGAGAGGACACCACUGCCCCACCCCAACCUGGCACCGCCGCCGCGCCUUUGGGCUUAACCAUUCAGGUCUCCUGUGCAUGGCUCUCGCAGCCAAGGGUGGACUUCUGCUGGCUGCCGCCCCAGCCUGAGCUGCACCGGGCUCCUGCCACUGCCCCCAAAUAUUUUACAUAUCCAGAUGGGGUAACGUGACGGCGUCGGAGGCAACGCCGGCGGGCUAACUGAAUGCAGAGGCCUUUCUGAGGAGGGGAGAGCGAAGGAGGGAAGCCCGGCGACACUGAAGGACGACUGCUCUGAAUUGCACACGCAAAGGAAAUUGACACUACGAAGGCUAUUUUUUAUUUUAUUUUGGGGUUUUUUAAAUAUUCCACAUCAAGCACAGGGUUUCUUUUUCUUUAUUGGAUUAAGAAUCCAGCAUACACUCCCCAAAGCUGGGAAUAUUUGCACAACAUUUCUGUUGAUUGGGAAUCAAACAAAACACACACACACACACACACACGUUUUUUGCCAAACUCUAGGGUAACUUUAUUUUCACUUUGCCCUGCAAUUCUUUUUCUUUGGGGAUAGCUUAAUUUUGUGUGGCUGUUGUUGUUUUUUGGUUGGGAUUUUUGUUGUCAUUUUGCCCACCUCUCUCAAACCAACCUUGUUUUUUCCACCAUGGCCCGUAUGAAUCGGCCUGCCCCUGUGGAGGUCUGCUACAAGAACAUGAGAUUCCUGAUCACCCACAACCCCACCAAUGCCACACUGAACACCUUCAUUGAGGAUCUGAAGAAAUAUGGUGCAACGACAGUAGUGAGAGUGUGCGAAAUAACCUACGAUAAGGCUCCGCUGGAAAAGGAUGGCAUUACAGUGAUGGACUGGCCGUUUGACGAUGGCGCUCCGCCACCCACCAAGAUUGUGGACGAUUGGCUCAACCUGCUGAAGACCAAGUUCUGCGAAGACCCUGGCUGCUGUGUGGCAGUCCAUUGCGUGGCUGGCCUGGGACGGGCUCCUGUUCUGGUCGCGCUGGCUCUGAUUGAGAGCGGGAUGAAAUAUGAAGACGCCAUUCAGUUCAUUAGACAGAAACGCCGGGGCGCCAUCAACAGCAAGCAGCUGACGUACCUGGAGAAGUACCGGCCCAAGCAGCGGCUCCGCUUCAAGGACCCUCAGAACCACAAGAACAAAUGCUGCGUCAUGUGAACCUCAACAACAGCCUCUUGCCAAAACACACACCACGGGGAACACACACACACACGCACACACACGGCUCUGCCUCUGCAGCCACAGGGGGGGCCUGGCGCUGCAACCUUUCCCAGCAGCCAGGUCCCCUUUUUCAAAGGGCCUCUGAUCUGCCGCAGGCUUGCAGCCUGGGAAGAAAAAGGCAGCCGCAUCCGGGCUGUUUUGGCUUCCAAGGCUAGCCUUGGUCCCGGUUUUUCUCCUCCUCCUUCCCUUCCCCUACAAACACUUGUCAGAUGAAGGCUUCUUUACAAUGACAGGACAGACUUCAGUGCAAUAAAUUUUCCCUUUUACUGUUGCAUUGUCUGGCUCACGUAGGCACCCUCGGGCUGGCCGGCCUGUAUCUGGGGCCCCCAAGACUCCCUUUGCUUAUUUCCGGUGGGGGGGGGGUGGCUGCACCCAGCAGCAGCAUGGGCUACUUGGGCUGGAAUGGUCGUGGCCCAGAUACAGCACACAGGCCACGCACUGCCCAGUCUCACUCUGUCGUGCCUGCGUGCCUUGGGACCCAUCCAGCCCCAAACGAUUCAUCCGCCAUAGGGCAUCGCUUACCGGGGUUCUUCUAUCCCUCCCGCCCCCCUGUUCUCAUGGUCAUUUGUGGCUGGUGGGCUGUGUUUCUAUUUGGUGGAUGACCUUUGUCCAGGCCUGCUUGAAGUGGGAUCAGGCAGAAUGGGGAGGCUGGUUGUAGUGAGGGUCCAGGCUGACUGAUUUGUGGGAUUCUGUGUGCUAGAUCAUCUGGUGCCUUCCCUCCCUCUUAAAUGUAGCCGUGAUCAUCCUUCCCAUAUGAUCUUUGAGCCAAGCCUGUGAAGGUGAGGGAGUAUCCUCUUCUCCCCCUUGAGACAGUGGCGGUGAGGUUGGUUGCCGGUCUGUGCAUCGGGAAAGAGGCAGCUUGACUCUGGAGAAGCCACAUUCGGAGAGCUCGUCUCCCAGACUGUAGGAUUCCUGUCUCUUGUAUUUUCAGAUACCUUACGUGGUUCCUUCACAUGGAGCAGUUGUCACGUUCCCACCCCUUGUUUGGAAAAGCGCUGGAGCCUUCAGUGCCCUUUAUAAGGAGAUGGUUUUGAGGAGGCAAGGGCACUGAGGUGGUCCUUGGGACUGUGGGUGGAGGGGCAGAGAAAUGGGUCGAGAGAAGGUCUGAACUGCGAACGGGUUUGGGGCAAAGGGAGAUGGUGGGUCUAGAAGGAGUAGAGUGAUGCUCUCUGUGGAAAUUAAGGGACGGCAGAGGAUUUCCACCAUAGGCAUCUGGAAUCCUUGGACGCAUACUGGAUCCUUGCGGGGUGUGGUGUGGGGCCACGACUGGCUUCUUGCUCUUUCUGCAAGGGCCUCAGGCAAAGACCAGCCAGGCUUGGGAGAACUCUUGCAUGAAUGAACUAGUAUCGGGGUUCUCCGACUUAGGUGGCCAUUGUGGCUGGGAAUGAUGGGAGGAGUUGUCCAACGACAGCUGGGGACCCAAGUGCGAGAACCCCUGUGCUAGAGGAGGGAAAGUGGGCUUGCUUAGGUUGCUCCCCCUGUUUUGAUCAUUGGAACUGAAGAAGUGCUCAUCCCAAGGGACUCGAUGAUGGCGUCAGGAGCAACUCAUCGUUGGCAUUAGCUAGCUGAGCACUGGAUGCCUUUCUGUGGGCCACUAACAGGAGCCAGUGUUUGCUCAUGGAAGCUCCCGCUUCUGGCAGUGAGUCUUCAGAGGUUCUCGCCGCUGUGGUGUUGUCGUCCUCGGGUUUGGUUCCUGACCCUGGAUUUUGCACUGCCCCCCAAACGGCAUUCUGCUUCGGUUCUAACCAGUCUUCCCUCUAACAGGGUUCCCUGAUGUUGACUACAACUGACAUCAUCCCCCGCUGCGAUGCCUUUGGCUGGGGAUGGUGGGAGUCAACAUCUAGGGAUCCCUGCAGCAGAGAAUACUGUCCCACCUCCUAGCUCCUUCUGGCUUUGCCACCGGCUUCUUAAAUAGGUGUUUACCUAGGGGGCAGGCCCACACCACUGGCACCUCUCCCCGAUUUUGCCGCCUCAGAAGCUUCCCUGCUUCUGGUGGCUCCUCACCUUUGGUUCCUGGCUGCCACAUUUCAUUAUGAUUCUGCACAUGCUUAGGACACAUGUAAGAAAUCCACGCCAACCAGACACAGGCCAUUAACAGCUGCCCCAAGCAGUAGGGGCCUAGUUCUCUCUGAGGUAGCAAGCCUGGGUCUGGACAGUACCCCGUCAGGCUUUAAAUGUCAAUGCUCAAAUGACUUGAACCCUCUUGCAUACACUCACAAGGCUUCCCUGCCAAGGAAGCUGAUGUCGGGUGGAGUUUUGUAGCCUCGCCUCCCCGCCCCCUCGAUGUUAAGGAAGUGGGGCGGGGCAGGGGUGUGUGCGCCAAAGUGUUCAGUCAUUCAAUCAAGAGCAUUUAAUCCAGCCCAGAUGGAAGUUCAAAGCAGCCAGAGAGAUCUGUUAAUGAGCCAAGGAUGUUGCUGGUGGUGGUUUUUCAAAAUUGCAACCUCAGUCUUUGCCCGUUUGGGCUUUAAUCGGAUUGUACGCAGUAAGAAAUGUUUUAAGGGUUAGGCUAGGAAGAAGAGGCUGCUCCUGUGACUGAUACCCGUUCCUGGAGGCAGGGCAGUUUGGAGGAGAUAGGCAAAGGCGGAUGGAGAAGGGAGGGUUUCUCCUCCACGUCCAGGACCCUGGAAGAUACAGGGCUGAGAGCAGUUCUAGGAGGGAGGAAAGCUCAGCUCCAGGGUCAGCAGGCUAAUCAUCUCUUCCAACUCUGUAGGUAGUGAGGAGGGGCCAGAGGCUCUUCUGUCCUGCUACGCUCUUCCCUCUCCAUGGGGCAUCCUUUUGGAGCUGCCUUUAAGCUUGCUGGGAAGCCGUGAGGAACCUUCAUAAAGUGGUCUCAGAGACAAGCCCACUGGAGGGACAUUAGGGAGGGGGGAGAGUUGGGCCUGGGCAGGCAUUCCUGUUGAACACAUAUGGAUGUGUGAUGCUGCCCUGCCCGUAGUUAAGACUGUUGGCCCAUCUUGCCUUGAAUGGUGCCCUGAAGUGGCAGGCAGACCUCUCUCCCAUCAACUGCUACCUCAGGGGUUCUCAGACUUGGGUCCAUAGGAUGAUGUUGGACUACAGCUUCCAUCAGCCCCAGCCACAAAGGAGUUGGCAGGGGAUGAUGGAGAUUGCAGUCCAGCGUCAUCUUACAGAGCCAAGUCUGAGAACCCCUGUGCUACGUGAAUCUUGUAACUGGAGGUUCCUCUGCUCCUGGCUGUGACCCCUUCACAUUGACUAUGGGGGAGAGCUGGUCUUGUGGUAGCAAGCAUGACUUGUCCCCUUUGCUAAACAGAGUCCACUCUGGUUUGCAUUUGAAUGGAAGACUACACGAGAGCACUAUAAGAUAUUUCCUUUAGGGGUUAGGUCCACUCUGGGAAGAGCGCCUGCAUGCUUGCCUGCAGAAGCUUCCAAGUUCCCUCCCUGGCAGCAUCUCCAAGUUAGGGCUGAGAGAGACUCCUACCUGCAACCUUGGAGAAGCUGCCGCCAGUCUGUGAAGACAAUACUGAGCUAGUAUUGACUCGGUAGACAGCAGCUUCCUAUGUUCCUAUAACUAGAUGGCAUGGAUUCUAACCUGGGUCUUGUCACAGUGAAAAGCACACACUGUCCUGGACCCUCCUUGGUCCUCGGAAGAAUUUACGUCUUCCAUCUAAAAUGGGCUACUUUCAGGAAAGGACUCUUCACCCUUUCAAGGUGGUUCUUCUACCCAUCCCCCCAGAAGUAGAAUUUGCCAAGUGCGACCUAAUACUUGGCAGAAGCAGGAAGCCCCUCCCUUCCUUCCACGUUCCCAGGGCACCUCAUAGGGCCUUAGAGCUCAGGCUGGCACUUGGACCACUCAGACCUCCCACCUCUUUCUGGACUGGCACAGAUGCUCUUGGGAUAUUGUUGCUGCUAUCAUCCCGAGCCUCAGCCAUCCAUUCACUUUGCCAGUGCCUAUCACUGCAGCCGUGAGUGCAUUAUGGCUGGCUUGAAUUGCCCCUUGGGUCAAUUCAGACGACCCUCUGAACCUCCCCUCCUAAAUGCAGGGGGGGAGGCGUGUCAGCAUGCACCUCCCAGCGGGCUGCCUUGUGACCAUGCAGGAGACGGUUCACCGGGACUAGCCCUGAAUGCAUCUACGAAAUGCUCCAUUAGGGGUUUGGAUGAGCCACCCCUCUGUGCCGGGUGCAGGGGAGAUGUGCCCACCCCUGCUCCUCCGCAUUGUGUUUCGGACAGGCAGCUCGGAGUAUCGCCGCCUGAACUGGCCUCCGGAGGAAGACGAGGACAAUGUGAAUAGCACGGCAUCAAACCCAGCCUGCGCAAAAGUGCCUCCCUUUCCCAGCGUCCGGACUUGGGCAUGGCUCCCUUGCCUCUUGAUGCUAGUGAAGGGAAGAGAGCUUCUGGUCUUGCUGCUGCAACCGCUUUCUCUUUGUGCUUUUCUCAUCAGCUUAAUCUCUUCUUCCCUUGCUUAGCAGCAAGCAUGCUGUCCCUCCGGGAUGGCUGCCAGUCCUGUCCUUUCACUCAGGAAGCCAAAAUUUCUAAAUAGGUGGCAUUGCUGCCUUGGGCUCCUUUUAGCCUACAGGAGGAGAGGGUGGUUUAGUGCAUCCGCCUUCUGCCCCAGCGAAUGCUUCUGCUCCUUGGCCGAAGGCAGUCGGCCCUGAGGUUCGGCUUCUUUCCAUUGUGCUUCUGCGACUUCCUUGCAGUGCUGUGGCUGCUGUAUCCACCCAGGAGCAUAAAAAUCAGAGCAUAGGACCUCUUCUCCGGACUGGCAGGCCUAGUCUGCCUUGCACUCUGAACUCGGUGGUUCCCCGUGCUCCUUCAACCUGCUAGGGUGUGGUUCCUGGGCAGGCAAUGACGUCUGUAUAGCAGCAGCCAGAUUCUUGUCCUUAUGCUUGUAUUCCAGCAGCCACCUCUGGCCUGGAUGGUGACCAGGGUUGUGGGUACUCCUUGGGGAAACUCCAUUUUUCUUUUUAAAAAUCUCUGUCCCGAGAAAAGCAGAAUUUUUAAAAUGUUUGACUACUUUUGCUGAAUCCUGGUUAGUCAGCUCAUGGGGCACUAAAGCUUCACCUCCAAAAACAUCAAAUCUUUGGCUUCUGUGAUGUCUCUCGAUAUUGUUCACACACAUUCAAGUGUAUCUUCAUAAGGUCUAGAAACUUGCCUUCCCCACCCCUUAAAAUGAAAGGUGAGGUUUUCAGUGUCCACUACUACAGUCUACACCCUCUAUUUCCCCCCCCCCCACCCUGCGCUCCCAAGGAAUUGCAGCUUAGGCAUAGCUGGUUGUGACUGACUUGUUCCUAAAAUGUGGCUAGGUGGUGGACUCCGGGGAGUGCAAAGGUGAACAAGAACAUGCCGUUUGCCAGCUUCAUCUUGGCACAGGGAAGCAGUUGCCCUUUGCCAGUUUCUGGCACAAGGGAAAUGUCUGGUGAUUUCUCAAUGCUGCAUGUCAUGUGCAUAGAUCAACAUGACCUGACUUUAACUCAUAAUUGGGAAGUUUUUCUAGAUGAUAUAGAAAUCUAAGUUGUCAGCCUGUUUGGACACUUGGGAGGAAAUACAGGAUGAGUUUCUGCACCUCAAAAUGGCUUCUUUUGAGCCAUUUAUGAUUUAACGGGGGUGGGUCUCAACCUGGGGUCCUCAGAUGUUUUUGAGCUACAACUCCCAUCAUCCGUGCUCCAAUGGCCUUUGUUGUUGUCCAACAGCAUCUGGGGACCCCUGGCGUAACUCGUAUUGCUGUUGCAUCAAAAGUGGUUGUGGGAAUCCGCCUCAAGAACCCCCUCGUGCAUGACUGUCCCCCAUUUGUAGAGGCACCAAAAUGGAGGCCAGUGCAAGUUGCACAGGACAGCAUCCCGUGUGGCUUGUGCACGGACCUCCCUUGCUAAAGUGAUAAGCUGUGUAGGAGUAGCUCAUACUGUAUAUGUGAAGUGGCUGGGAGCCAAUGAAGAUGCUCAGAUCUUGGCAAAAAAGAUGCUGGGGUGUUGGGCAAGCUCUUUGUAAACCUGGCUGUGGGUGCUUUGAUUCUCUUUGUUUUCUCUUCCCAUAUUUGAGGUACACACGCCACAGUGGUCCUGUGGCUGUGACCUCCAGAAGCGUGUGCUUUCCCCCUCGCUAAAGCAAAAGCUUCAGUCUUGUGCUUAACACCUUGAAGCAAAAGUUCAUGUUCUCUGGCUGCUUUAUUGUCUCCCACGCAAAGGAAUGCAUUGUUUAAGUUGAAUGCAUUGUUCUCUCUGUAAUGGUUGGGUGUGUGACGUUUCUGUACUUGAGUGAAUCCCAUAGGUGACAGGGUUUUUUGGUGUGUGCUUUUUGCCCAUCCUGUAAAAAUAAGGUCUAAUUUGAAAGUUGAAAUGGUGGAGACGGGCAGAUUGGCUUUUAGAUUUGGCUAAGUCAGAUUUUUUUUAAAAAAAAAAAAACCUUCUACCAAAAGCAAAUGGGAGUUUGCAAAGAGCAUUACUGACUGGCGUGAACUUAACUCCUUGUGCUGCGAUGCUGUUAUCCAGGGUGGUGGCAUUUUCCUCUAAAUUGGAACUGUAGUGAACUUGGACUAGUUAUACAUGCAGGAGACCAGGGGUUCUCAAACUUGGUUCCCCCGCAGCCAUAGUGGCCUUUGUAGCUCAGAGUCAUGGGAGUUGUAGUCCAACAUCUGGCAGCCCAGGUUUGAGAACCCCCUACACUGGACUGGGCUGUUUGAAGCUGCAGGUAGGGUGUCUGAAACUUCCAUGCCAAAGGGCUUCCUGCAUGCUGAAAGCUAGCAGCUUAGAGAGGAGGGUUUCUUCCACUCUCUUCUCUUGGCUUGCUCUUCUUCGUCUGCAUGGAAUUCUUUUCUUCACUGUGGAAGAGCAUUCAAAACUACAGCCCCGCCCCCAAUCCAGAAAGUACCAUCUAAUACAGGGAGGAGUGGGGCCAGAGUUGGUGAUUGACCCAAAGCACCUUCAUCCAGCUUUCAGUGGCCUUAGCACGGUUUAAUCCAAAAACGUUGCUUACGGGGUUUCUGUUUGUGACCCUACAUCAUGCAUUUCACUGCCAGUCUGCUACUUGAGGGGGAUCUUGGAGGAAACUCAUCUAUUCUUCAGUGUGCACUCCCCAUCCCCAGCUGAUCAUCACAUGCCAUCUAAACACGUGUACUCCAGACCUGUGAAGCUGUCAUAGGUAGCUGAUGCCAGUUAGCUGACUUGGAUGGAGACUGACGCUUCUGCCCGUUUCGGUCCCUGGACUUGGGCUCUGAGUCCCUGAAAUCAUGGUUGACCCCAUGUUUGCUGGACGUAUCAUCUGACCCUUUGUGCAGGGGGAGCGGGUUGGGGGAGGCAAAGCAGACAGGAAAAGAGUACUUCUUGUCUUCAUGCCCCAAGCAUCUUUUUUAAAAGGCACAAAUUAUUUUGUAAAAAGUCCUCUCUGAAAGUGGCGAUCUUCCCUAAGCUAUAUACCUUUGCAAAGUUCUCUCUUCUUCUUUUUAAACAAGAAAUAAACAUAGCACAUGAAAAUGUCGUCAGGCAUUUCUUUGGAAUAUUGGCUCCGUCAGGCAUGGACAUACCAGCAUUUUUAAUAACAGCCUUAUAGUGUGGGAAUCUUGAAUUUAAAAUAAAAGUUUGUGUGUAUCCUGUAGCUGGAAAAAUAUAUAAAAGAAAAUUGCAAUGCCUCUGUGUGUGUUCUGUGUGUGUGUUUCCCUAUUAUUAUUGAGUGACCCAAUCUUAUUUCUUUGCUAUCCUCAAGGCUCUGUGGUCUGAAUUGAAAUACGCGUUGUGAGAAUUUGAAAAUCUUGUUUCCGUUUUGGCAUGGCUUUUACCAUUCUCAAACUUGGUCCCAGAUGUGGUUGGACUACAGCUCCCAUCGUCGUCUGUCACAAUGGGCAAAGACCAUUGGGGUUGGGGAUGAUGGGUGUUGUAGUCCAGCCUCAUGUUGAGAACUCAAGUUUGAGAACCCUUGGCUUAUAACAAUGUUGAGGAAUGUGAGUCUGUGCAUUGUAGAAGCCAGACAGCCGUUCCCUUGAUAAGACUGUGAGUGGUGAUGUUUGUUGGUAUUCUCAGCGGCUUAAAAACAAAAAUGGAGUAAUUUCUCUUCCCCCUCCCCAGGCCCACCCCUCCCCACCAAUACAGGGAAGCAAAAAAAGACUUGGUUGUUGCUACUUGAUGGAAUGUUCCAAGUUCCUGCAUCCCAAUAGUAACAAUGACAUUUUUAUGUAGAAGGGAGGGAGAGCUGCUGGGUGCCCCAGAGGACCAGUUGAAUGCCUCAAGGUUCAUUCCACUCCCAGGAAGCCCUAGGAAGGGUUGUGGGAACCAUCCUAGUUGUACUUUCAGUGUCACAUUGCAAAAGCCACUUCCAUGGAUGGGAGGCGCGGACACUUCGGCAUCCCGAGUUUGCGCAUUUCACCCCAUCCAUCUACUGCAUUUACCUGAAUCCAAGACUAGGUUUUCCCCAAGUUCUUUGAUGAUAGAAAUCGGGGUGGGGUGGGGGGAUGUCUUCUAUUCAAAGUCCUUUUCCUUUGGGUAACUGCAGGUAUAUUUAACCUGUAUUUAAUCUCUCUUUUUAAGGGGGUCAUCUUAAAUUCAGAGUCAUCUUCUAUUUGGGUAAAUGUGAUAAUUCUCUAUUACUAUGGACUGUCCAGUUAGGAAGCCACGGCAGUGCCGUGGUCUGUGUGAAACGAGCCAUUGUGAGAUCACUAACUUGUUGAAGGAUGACGUUUAAUCAAAUCAAGAUUCUAGUCCCUGUGGGGGUGGGAGAGGAGACAUGGUUAUGCUUUUUUAUAUGCCUAGGUUUUAAUUGUGUUUUGUGGGGGGGAUUCAGGAUUUCUUUUAUGUCAUUUUAAGUCUUUUCCCAAAGAAACUUUGGGUUUCCCUUCUGAUUUCUUCAGGAACAAGAUUAUGUCAUGUCUCUUCCUUAGGUCUAUGAGAAAUCUCAGUAGAUGAAGACCAGAUAUGGGGCAGGUGGGAGGGUGGGUGCGUUUUUUCUUCUCCUCUGAGCCAUAGCUAAAUUAUUAUUAAUUAUUAUUAUACCCAGUGCUUUUAUAUCAGGCAAGCAUCACUUUUGGCUUAUGCCAAUGAGGUCUAAAGUCUUGACACUUUAUAACCUUUUUUAAAUAAAAUAAAAUAAAUUUGUCUGUUUGCUCAAAUCUUGUGUAAAACUGUAUGCCUUUUUUUAAGUAAUCACACUCUCUUGUUCUUCUUGAGUUGUGAGAGAUUUCCUUAAAAGUGUAUUGAAAUGAUUUUGCCUCCAACCGCAACAACAACAAAAAUUUGAAAUAAAAGGCCUCACUGUUUUGUACGAGA